GAGAAUCGAACCCAGAAUCUCUAACGUUACAUUGAAAGAUAUCAUUUUCUCUUCUUUCCUGUAUGAUGACGAUCUGACCAUCUUCCUCUAUCAGUCAUUCUUCGAUCCUAACUGAAUCAGAUCAGGCGAUUUAAUAAUCACGUUGGGACAUGGACGAAGUAGUAGUAGAGGUGGAGAAGAGGAAGAGAGAAUGGGAAGACGCCUACGAGAAGACCAUCGAACACAUCACGGCGAUACAAGAGUGCGGGAAAUCAAGGAGAGGUGAGGAGAAGGUUUCGCUACAGAGGCUUAACGGAUUGGCUCAGGAUGGUCUCUCUCUUCUCAAUUCUCUUCAGUUCAGUCUCGAUCUUCUCGCCCCUCAGCUCCCUUCUGAUCACCACGUCCAGUCCACUAGAUCGCUGCUUGAAACCUGGAAGAAUCAAUAUCAAAGUUUGAGAGUACACCUGAGAAGUGCUAAUUUACAAGCAAAGGAUAACAUGAGGAAAGCUGCUCAACAAGAGAGAGUGCUUCUCCUUGGUGGUGGAACAGAGUCCACUGAACUAAGACGUAAACGACAAGCAAAUUCUGGCGUGACCUCGGAUGCUGAAAGCAUUACUGAAAGUCUCAGGCGUUCACGUCAGCUCAUGGUUCAGGAGGUGGAGAGAAGCACAAACACUCUCGUGGCUUUUGAUGAAUCUACUGGAGUGCUUAAGAAAGCAGAGAGUGAAUACAAAGGACACAGGUCUCUGUUUUCAAGGACCCGUAAUUUACUUUCUACAAUGCAGCGUCAAGACGUAAUUGACAGGGUAAUCCUCAUAAUUGGAUUUUCUCUCUUUGCCUGCGCUGUUCUUUACGUUGUUUCAAAGCGUAUUGGAAUCCUGAGAUUGCAACAGAUGGCUACUGCUGCCAUUAAAGCUCGUUUGGCUGGAAAAGCAGCUAAUGCUGAUGGUACGCCUCUCGUACACCAGUUUGAUGGAGGAAACACAGUUCCAAAUGUUAAUAUUCCUAUACAACAACGCCUGCAUGAUGAACUUUAAAAGCUUAUUUUUAGAUUCUCAAGUUCCUGAUCUAUUGCACUGUUAAUGUUCUCUCUUA